GUUACCAGUGCUGCCACCACCAAGCACGCUUUCGCCAUCUUUGACAAAAAGCCGGUCGGUGUUGAGAUAGAAGCAAUAAUGAGGCACUACUCCGGUGGACGAAUGCCUAGGGGAGGGAUGAGGGGAAUGGGAUACAAAGGCCCUGGCGGACUUUUCAGAACAUUUAUACCCCAUAUCCCCUUUGACCUUGCUCAGUGUGAGCCAGCUUUUCCCAGAGUAAAGCCUGCUUCUGAUGAGAAGGCAUUCACAGAUGCUCUCCUGAAGCGCAAUCAAGACCUGAGCCCCACCCCCCAGGAGCAGUCAUCUAUCCUGGCACUGGUGACUAAAAUCAACACUGUUAUGGAUAACCUCAUAGUAUCUCCAGGAGCCUUUGAGGCUGCGCAAUUGGAAGAGGUGCGUCAGGUGGGGUCACAUAAGAAAGGCACCAUGACACUAGGACACAAUGUGGCAGACAUAGUGGUUAUCUUAAAGACUUUACCAACAAUUGAGGCAGUAACAGUGCUAGGAGGCAAGGUCUUGGAGGAUGUAAAAGCUCAGGAUUCCUCAGAAGUUCUGACCAUGAUGCCAACUGAUACAGGGUUUGAGAUUAGCACACCAGAGGCCACUGUUCGCUGUCUCAUCACCACCAUUCCUCCUAACCUGAAGAAACUAGACCCUGAGUUACAUUUGGAUGGUAAAGUAAUGCAGAGCCACUUGGCUGCCAUAAGACAUGCCAGGUGGUUUGAAGAGAAUGCAUUUCAUUCAAGUGUCAAAGUGUUAAUCCGUCUACUUAAAGAUCUGAGGAAUAGAUUUGAGGGACUAGAGCCCUUGACACCUUGGAUACUGGACUUACUGGGUCAUUAUUCUGUGAUGAACAAUCCAACAAGACAGCCACUGCCAAUUCAUGUAGCUUUUAGGCGUAGCUUACAGCUGUUGGCAGCAGGGUUCUUCCUGCCAGGGUCCGUGGGUAUCACAGAUCCUUGUGAGAAUGGCACAGUCCGCAUACACACAGUGAUGACACUAGAACAACAGGACCAAGUCUGCUACACAGCACAAACACUACUUCGUGUCCUUGCACAUGGAGGAUUUAAACAGAUACUGGGUCUUGAAGGAAAUUCAAGCAUUGCCACAGAGAUGAGUGUGUGGGAAGGGGUGGUGGUCACACCUUCAGAUAAGGCUUAUGAAAAGCCAGAAAAGAAGGAAGGGGAGGAUGAAGAUGAAGAAGGAGAUGAAAGUAUGGAGACACAGGAAUGAUGGAGGGAGUGAGUAGAAUGGACAAAGGGAUUCUGAUACUGGGUUUUACAGAGAUGAUCUUAGAAAAUGAGGGAAGCUGGUGUAUGUCACUU